AUGGUGACUUCAGUGGCUCCUAGAGUUGAGAGCUUGUCCAGCAGUGGGAUCCAGUCAAUCCCCAAAGAGUACAUCCGCCCCCAAGAAGAGCUCACCAGCAUUGGCAAUGUCUUUGAGGAGGAGAAGAAGGAUGAAGGGCCUCAGGUUCCAACUAUUGACUUGAAGGAUAUUGAGUCUGAGGACGAGGUGGUCCGGGAGAGAUGCCGGGAGGAGUUGAAGAAAGCUGCCAUGGAGUGGGGUGUGAUGCACCUUGUUAACCAUGGCAUCUCUGAUGACCUUAUCAACCGUGUUAAGGUUGCUGGAGAGACCUUUUUCAAUCUCCCCAUGGAGGAAAAGGAGAAGUAUGCUAAUGACCAGGCCUCCGGCAAGAUCGCUGGCUAUGGCAGCAAGCUUGCCAACAAUGCUAGUGGACAGCUUGAGUGGGAGGACUACUUCUUCCACCUCAUCUUCCCUGAAGACAAGCGCGAUAUGACCAUCUGGCCUAAGACACCAAGCGACUACGUUCCAGCAACCUGUGAGUACUCGGUGAAACUUAGGAGCCUGGCAACCAAGAUACUAUCGGUGCUAUCGCUUGGGUUGGGAUUGGAAGAAGGGAGACUAGAAAAGGAAGUUGGUGGGAUGGAAGAGCUACUACUCCAAAAGAAGAUCAACUACUACCCCAAGUGUCCCCAGCCUGAAUUGGCUCUCGGGGUGGAAGCUCACACUGACGUGAGCGCUCUCACCUUCAUCCUCCACAACAUGGUACCCGGCCUGCAACUUUUCUAUGAGGGCAAGUGGGUGACAGCCAAGUGUGUCCCCAACUCCAUCAUCAUGCACAUUGGAGACACCAUAGAGAUUCUCAGCAAUGGUAAGUACAAGAGUAUUCUUCACAGGGGACUGGUCAACAAGGAGAAGGUGAGGAUUUCAUGGGCAGUUUUCUGCGAGCCGCCUAAGGAGAAGAUCAUCCUGAAGCCACUGCCAGAGACGGUGUCUGAGACUGAGCCACCACUCUUCCCACCUCGCACCUUUUCCCAACAUAUUCAGCACAAGCUCUUCAGGAAGACCCAGGAGGCUCUACUCUCCAAAUGA